AUGUCGCCUCUCCGGCAGGCGGGCCGCCGCGCCGCGCCCCACGUCCCGCCGCCGGCAGCCCCGUCCGUGUCUCGCUCCCAGAACCAGCAAUGCCUUCCUCCGUGGGACGAACCGUUCUUCCCUCCCAGUCGCCACCGCUGCCUGCCUCUCCUCUGGGCUGGCGUCAGGGCUCGGAUGAUUUCCACUUCUCUCGAGCAUCAUGAUUUUACGUGGAAGACUAGUAUGGCUUCGAGAUUCAUGCAAACCGAUAUCGUAAAUGCUCUUCGUAAAGGUGAUCGGCAGCGAGCAUCCAUUAUGCUCUCGAAUCUUCAACAAACCAAAGAAGCGUUAACUUCAGAAGAUUUUUCUUAUAUACUGGAGUACUGUGCAGAAGCACCUGAUCCGUUGUUUGUUAUGGAGACACUGGAGCUCAUGAACGUGAAGUCCAUAGAUAUUAGUAAAAGCCAUUACAGAUCUGUCACUCGAGCACUCAGCCAAGGAGGGAAUUCGAAGGAGGCACUUAAAUUGCUCACUCUUCUAGGGGAAAAAGAAUGCUCAUACGCUGCUUUGCCGAUUUUCAACAUCUUUUUGAGUGCCUGUAGCACAAAUCUGAAUGAUGCUGAGAGCUGUCUAGAGAUAAUGGAAAACCAUCUUCUUGGGAAGUCUGAAAUAACAUUCUGUGAGCUUCUGGAGGUUGUAGUUUUGCAGAGAAAUUUGUCUGCAGUUCAUGAUUUAUGGAAGGACUGCACUAGGUAUUACAGUCCAAGCAUUGUGACUCAGAGGAAAUUUGUGAAGGCUUUCUCUACACUAGGUGACCUUCAAUCUGCAUAUCGUAUCUUGCAGCAUAUGGUAGUCCUUGCCGGAGAACGCACUGACCAUUUGAGGGUAUCUUCUAAAAGGAGAUGCCAAUCAACAAGAUUAGACAUUCCUGUACCUGCUUUGCAUGAAGUAGAAGAUCUCAAACUUGUAUCGGACUAUGAUCUGACAUCAUCAUCUCAAGGGAAGAUGGGAACUGGAGAAUGCUUGAUUGAUGCUCAGCCGGAGCUGUUACGGGUGGAAACUCAAUCAUCAAAACAUGAGCAAUUGAAGGGUUAUGUGUCAUUUAUUUCUGAUGGUGACAAUCUUGGUGACAAUUCUGAACCAGACAAUGGGAGGAUGCCAAAGACAUUGAGUUCUGCACCCACUGCAGUGAAGAAUGUUUUGCGAUGGGCUUUCAAUGAUAUCAUACAUGCAUGCGUGUACCUUGACAACUGCCAGUUGUCUGAGCAAUUAUUUCUAGAGAUGCACAAGAUUGGACUGCGGCCAUCAAGAUUUACAUAUGAUGGUUUUAUCAAGUGUGUGAUAGCCGGGAAAGGAGUUGCACAUGCCAUCAAAGUGAUCGAAGUGAUGGAUAGAAGAGGUAUCAGGCCUUACGACAGUACACUCGUUGCGCUUUCCGUUGAUCAUAGCAAAAGCUUACAGUUGGAUCUGGCUGAGCAUUUCUUGGGAAGAAUUUCAGAUAUACAACCGGAGCAUAUACAUGCUUUUAAUGCUUUGCUUUCUGGUUGUGACAUUAUGAAUGAACCAGAAAGAGCUCUCCGCAUACUAGCGAAAAUGAGGCGCUUGGAUUUGAAGCCACAUAUCUGGACCUAUGAAAUUAUGUUUUCUCUGUUUGGCAAUGUCAAUGUUCCUUAUGAAGAAGGAAAUAUGCUAUCACAUGCUGAUGUUUCCAAAAGGAUAAGCAUAAUUGAGAUGGACAUGUUAAACCAUGAGAUUCGACAUAGUUUUGUGUCUAUGAAGAACUUGAUACGAGCCUUUGGAGCCGAGGGAAUGAUAGAUGAAAUGCUGAGGUACUUGAAUGUUGCUGAGAAUGUUUUAUGGAACAUGGAUCCUUAUCAGAAGAGUGAUCUCUACGGCAUUGUGCUGCAUGCUUUGGUUAAAGCAAAGGAAACACCUAAGGCAAUAAGAACCUUCAAGAUCAUGAGAUCAUGGGGUCUCCCAACCAAUACUGCCAUUUAUAGCAUCAUGAUAGAGUGCUGCAAAUUGUUGCCGUGUGUCAAAUCAGCUGGCGCUUUGUUGUCCUUGAUGUUCCGAGAUGGCUGCUGUCCUACGGUUGUGACUUUCACAUCUCUCCUGAAGGUUGUAUUAGCAAAAGAGGAUUUUGAGGGGGCACUGGAUCUGCUGGACUUGUGCAUAACUGAAGGAAUUCAACCUGACAUUGAGAUUUUCAACACAAUACUCUCAGAAGCGAAUGCAAAAGGUAAUAUUCAUGUUGUUGAAUACAUUGUUGAGUGUAUUCACAGAGCAAUGAUUCGACCCGAUGAAUCAACACUUUGGUACACAUUUUGUGCCUACGUGGACCAAGAACUGUACAACACCGCACUCGAGGCAUUGCAAGUCCUCAGUAUGAGAAUGAUAUCCUUGGACGCGAGCAUUCUCAAGGAGAAAGGAGCAGCUUUAGAGGAUCUAAUCCUCAGCGAAGAUCCAGAUGCUGAAUUGAAGAUCAUUAGGACAUUCAAAGCAACUGAAGAAUGCAGCGCCGCAGCCUUACUGAACCUGAGGUGGUGCGUGACGAUGGGUUCCACCAUAUCCUGGUCUCCCGAGGACAAUCUUUGGGCGAGGAGACUGGCAUCCUCUUACGAUGCUAACAAGAGACCCGUGUCAUGA